AUGAAUGCUCUAAAUAGAAUGAUUAAACUGGGUCGUGCCGACAAUGCGAGGUAUUUCAACGGGGAGGUGACAUCUAGAUUGUUUCCUUCAAUUCAUAUCUCGAGCUUUAAUUCAUCAAUGAGUCAGAGUAUAACCAUUCCUGUAACUCUUAUACGUUCAUUCAAAUACCGCACAACGUUUUAUUUGCCUUUGUCAAACAUUCCUCGGUCGGCAACUGUUAAAGACCUGUUUGAUCGUAUACGUCAUGAAAUAGAGACUUCUUCAGUUAUACCUCCCCCUUUCAAGAAUCUUUGCUUCGAUGCGCUGAAAAUUCGUCACAAAGCUUUUAAAACGAAAUCUGGAGAAUUGUUGGUUGAUAUAGAAGGUGACCCCAUACCAAGUGAUUCCGACCAAACUUUAGAAUCUCUUGAGAUAGUGAAUGAAACAGAAGUGGCAGUUUUCAAAAUGAACGAUUUCCUGGCUCAACGUAAUAAUCCAGAAUUUCUUUGGUGA